UUAAAAAUAAAAAGGCGGGAAAUUAUGAUUGUGUCAAAAAGAAGAACAAUACGAAAAAGAAUAAAUAUGAAAGAAUUGAGAUGUUGCUAUAUGAUCUUCAACAAUAGUAUAACUCGAAAAAAGGGGGAACGGAAACACAUAUAAUAAGAAUAUAUUAGGUACGAGACAAUGACGCUCAUAAAAAAAUUUCAGAAAAAAAAUCGAACGUUUUGGGUUUUAUUUUACAAUGUAGCUGCUUUGGAUAAAGAUUUUAAGUUAAGAAACCCAAAAAUAAAGCAGAUGACAUAUUAUCACAGUAUAGUUUCUAGAGAUUCAUCAACACGUUGUUUUGUUGUUAAGCGCAUUUUUGUUUGCGCACCACAUAAACAAUUUGGUAUAGAGUUGUUAUGUGAAACCUAAGAAUGGGGUGGUUAUCCCUCCAUUAGUUCCACCCCAUACUUCAAAGUGUAGCAUUAUUGGUUAAGAUAAUAGUAGCUAGAACAAUGAAAUAAGUAUAAAAGUGCGUAUUUUUCGUUUUCAAGUCAAUACUUCUAACCUUUGUCUAGAAAUAUAUUUACGAUUAAGUGUUAUAAUGGCAGCCGAAAAUGUGCAAUUUAGUCAAAUUAAUACUUCUACUGGUAGGACGGAACACAAAACUCAAUAUCAGGAGAGGGAAAGUGCUUUCCUUUAAAAAGUCCGCUAGAGAAAUCUUUUAUUUAGACUUGAUUGCAUCAAAUGGAUAUAUGAAGCUGAAAUUAGAAAUGAACGAGCUGGAUGAUCUGUUUACACUGAGGGGGCACCUAGAGUCCCAAACGGCAUACUUUCCACAGCCGCUCCCCCAGCCACAGGAGCAGGUUAUUCUGAAAGAAAAUGUAGUGCCGGUUUAUACACCACCACCACCACCACCAGCAGCACCAGCACCACCAGCACCUUCCGCACCUCUAACAUUGAUAUAUGGAAACGAGGCCACUCCACUUCAAACAGACCCGAUGUGGAAUAAGGGAAGUACAAUUCCGGUGAGGGUGGCCACCAAGAGGCGAGAAGAAUCACUCCCGCAGUGGGUCAACAAGACUGCAAAGUAUGAGCAGGUGUCUCCUGUGAAAAACAAUCUGUACAAUCUAUCAGAGGAGGAGAUGGGAGCAUUUUUCCAGGCGAUGUGA